AUGGCUUUAAAAAUCUUUUCUAGAACCAACACUAUGGGGUUAAGGGGUAAACGUCUUAGAGUAAUGUUCACUGUGGUGGCUACUCUUGGGUUCUCCUUAUUCGGUUACGAUCAAGGUUUAAUGUCUGGUCUUAUUACUGGUGAGCAAUUCAAUGCUGAAUUCCCUCCAACAGCAGGUAAGGAUCACUGGGCUUCUGUUAAUCAAGGUGCCGUUACCGCCUGUUACGAAAUUGGAUGUUUGUUUGGUGCUUUAUUUGUUUUAUUCUAUGGUGAUAAAACAGGUAGAAGAAUUUUAGUUGUUUGCGGUUCUUUGAUUAUUAUUAUUGGUACCGUCAUUUCUACUGCGGCAUUUGGUCCACAAUGGGGUUUAGGUCAGUUUGUUGUCGGAAGAGUGGUUACAGGUGUAGGUAAUGGUUUGAAUACCGCUACAAUUCCAGUUUGGCAAUCUGAAAUGUCUAAAGCCGAAAACAGAGGUCUUUUAGUCAACUUCGAAGGUUCUGUCAUUGCAGUGGGUACCUUUGUUGCUUACUGGAUCGAUUUCGGAUUAUCUUAUGUUGAUAGUUCUGUCCAAUGGAGAUUCCCAGUUGCUUUCCAAGCAUUAUUUGCAAUCUUCUUGUUAUUUGGAGCUAUUGAAAUGCCAGAAUCUCCAAGAUGGAUGUUCGCUCACGAUAUGAAAGCUGAAGGUAUGGAAGUUUUAGCUGCAAUGAAAGAUAUUUCUCCAGAUGAUGAUGAAAUCUACGCAGAAUAUACGUUCAUUACUGACUCGAUUAAGAGAUUCGAUAAUAACCAAGCCGGAUUCAAGGAAUUAUUCAAAGGUGGUAAAGAGCAAUACUUUGCUAGAAUGAUAAUUGGUUCAUCUGGUCAAUUUUUCCAACAAUUUACUGGUUGUAAUGCGGCAAUUUAUUAUUCUACCGUGUUAUUUGAAGAUACUAUUCAUUUAGAAAGAAGAUUGGCUUUGAUUUUAGGUGGUGUUUUUGCAACCGUCUAUGCCUUAUCCACAAUUCCUUCGUUCUUCUUGGUUGAUACACUUGGUAGAAGAAACUUAUUCUUAAUUGGUGCAAUUGGUCAAGCUAUCUCAUUUACAAUUACAUUUGCCUGUUUGAUUCCAGAAGAUGGAGAAAACACUCAAGAUGCCAAAGGUGCUGCUGUUGGUCUUUUCUUGUUUAUUGUCUUUUUCGGUUUUACUAUCUUACCAAUGCCUUGGAUUUAUCCACCAGAAAUCAAUCCAAUGAAGACAAGAACCGUAGCUUCAGCUGUUUCCACCUGUACUAACUGGUUAACUAAUUUCGGGGUUGUUAUGUUCACCCCAAUUUUCAUUGCACAAAGUACCUUUGGAUGUUAUUUAUUCUUUGCGCUUAUGAAUUAUACUUUCAUUCCAAUUAUUUUCUUCUUUUAUCCAGAAACUGCCGGUCGUUCCUUAGAAGAGAUUGAUAUCAUUUUCGCCAAAGCACAUGUUGACAAUAGAUUACCAUUCAGAGUUGCAGCUACUAUGCCACGUUUAUCUGUCAAAGAUAUUGAAGAAUACAAUGUUCAAUUAGGUCUUGAUGAUGACUUCGAUAAGGAACAGAAUGAAUUGCAAGAGAAUGCCUCCUCCAAUUCAGAAAAAUCACCUGAUGACACUCCAGAAGGUAUCUUAACUCCUAAUGCUUAA